AUGAUAAAAAAACUGGUAAUGGAAAUAAAAAUUUCUAGUUCUGAAAAGACUUCUUCCGACGUGAACGAUAAAAAAGUAGUCCGUGAAAGUAAAAAAAGGAAUAAGAAAAAACAUCGUAAAGGAAAGAAAAAGGCUAAAUUGGAAAAGAAACUUGCUGCAAUAAGUGUUGUUAAGGCGAAGAAAGUGUUGAACUACCUUGAUGCCUGGUCUCACCGUGAAGAAACUGGAGAUUGGAAAUUUUGUAAGUCUAUAAAUAACUGGUUAAUCAAAAAUUGGUCCAAUGAAGACUUUUUGGGUGAUGAUGAAUUUGCUGUUUUCCUAGAAUAUGUUAGUGGACUCGAAAAAGAUUCCCAAGCUCGUCGUCAACUCUUACAGCGUACUGAAAAACUUUUUAAAGAAACCAACCCUGAGGAUAUGUUAUAUAAACGAUGUCGAUCUUUGAUUCAAAUAUUGACUUAA